AUGUCGCCUUCUGUUUUGGUUAGAUGCAAACUCCACUUUCCGAUGUUGGGAUAUCUUUUCCUGGAGUUUGACACUUGCGCAAGACAGACAGGUAGCCGGCUGUCUGCUGGGCUGAUUGGCUGGGGAGGCCGCAGCCAAUCAGCGGCCGGGGAGGAGGGGCCUCGCUCUCUUCACACACAACGCCACAGGCAAGCCCUGCCUUCACGAGACCCGUCCCAACUCCCCCCCCGGUCUUCUUUUUUUGCAAUGAUCAUUUCGUUUAAUGACUGGCCGUUUUUCGGAAUGUCCCUAUUAAAUUAAAUUUAUUUGCUUCUGUUGACUCUCGUCGUGCGUCGUUUUAACUUCGUCGAUAACGGCUUCACAUUAGUUUAGCACUUUAAUUAUCUGUUAAUUACUUUUUGGGGUGGAAAAAUAAAUUUUAUCGCGAACAAAUUAAUCACGUGCACCUUGAAUAUGUUGUUGUAGUAAAUCAGGGUAUUGAGUUAUGGCGACGCUGAUAAACUGUCGGUUAUUGCUACGCUUACAGCUUUCUACCAGCAAUUUUCCGAUAUUUUAAAUUGAUAAAAUAUUCGUUUUUGUAUCGUUAAUUCAUGCAUUUUUCGUAUUUUUAUUAAAAUAUUUUUAAAAUUUUUUCAUAUUGAUUAUGAAACUUACUUUAGGCAGCGACAUUCGGGCGUUGGCCGUGUUGCUCCCCAUCUGAAGCUGGAUACUGCCUGGAGCGGUUCCUCCGCUCAUCCCACAGUCACCACGACGGCCUCGUUGCCACGUUCCGGGCCUCAGGCCUCAUCCGAAGGUGUGGCCGCGUUCUUCAACCCCCAGCCCUACUACGCAUGGCCACCGAACUACGCCAGCUCGUCGGCCGCCAUGAUGUACCAGCAGGCAGCUGCGGCAGCCGCACUGAGCUGCUGGCCCGCUGACAUGUCCCAAAAUGGCGGUCAUGCCUCCACCACCACCCAGAACUCGUCCUCCUCCAACUACUGGUCGUUGUCGAACAACCAGCUGCCUGCCAGCAACGCCAACUCUUCGAAUCAGUUGUGUUCUGACGACUCGCCCGCCAUUAACGAGAGCAACGAGAUCGGCGCCGGAACUUCGUCGAAUCCGCAAGGAAACUCGUCGACGGAGGAGAGUCCCAACAAGAAGUUGUACGAAAGUACGACUGCCGCCUCGUUAUUAUACUCCAACCCCAACAACUACAUGAAAAGCAUGUUGGGGGCGGCCGCGCAGUGGGCAAACGACGUGACGUGAGUUUUGCAAAUAUUGAUUAUGUUUUAAGCGGAUAUUGAUUACUAUAUUUUAUCGAUUAAUGUCAUUUUGUUUUAAAAAUUAUUGUUUUUAACUUCUUUUAUAUUUUAAAGUGGUUUUAUGGCUAUUUUAUCACUUAAUUUAGUGCUUUAGAACUACAUAUGAAACAUAAUAUAUUUUGCUGUUAACAUAACGUAAAUCUAGGUUUCCGAGUGCUUAUUCCGGGUUUUCUCAAAGUUCUUCGAGUCAGCUGAGUGCCGAGCGAAGUCCUCAAUUAGGAUCUCAUCCUGUGUUUCCGUGGAUGAAAAUGAGUGGUAAGUACUUUAAUACAUGUUAUAUCUAAAUCAUCUCUUAUCACCGUUUUACAUCCAAAUACUUAACGUGUCUCUUAAGUACUUUACUCACACAUAUCCAUAUCUACAUUAAUCUCAUUUGUCAUAUUGUACAGCCGGCUUUUCGGGGGAUUACGAUAGUUUUAAUUAAAUGCAAGAACAUUGCGGGACGCCGUGCCGUGCUUGAUUUCCAUUCAACCGUGGGCGUACGGUAAUUUUGGGGUGGAGGUCAGCAUAUAAUUGUUGAUUCCAUCUUGACUUCUCGACUACUUGAUGUCAUUGUCGUCCUUGGCUGUUAAUUUAUGCGUUUUUCAAUAUUUUCACCGCCGAUCCCAUAAAACCGGGCCUUAAAGUCCACUUAAUGCCGAUCACUUUUUGUCGUAUGUCACCGGUCGGCGGGUGCCAUAUAAACUUUUAUUGAGUUAAACUUUUGGUAUGUUGAGGUAGACUCAGAGUUUAUAUCAAUCUAGGUUAAUAUUGACUAAAUUUAACGUUUUUAAACAGAAGUAACAAGGCUGAAAGAAUAACAAAUGCUUGCAAAAGGCUUCUAUAGACUUUUUGACCGCUUUUAAAGCAAAACCUGUUUGCUACCUUAAGGUAUAAGUUUAUUUGUAUACAUUAAAAGCCAUUUGAACACAUUUGCACGGCUUUAAACGCCAUUUCAAACGCGUUCAUAUGAUUUGAAAUGUUUUUUUGGUCAUUUGUAACUCUUGACACUGACCUGCAGCUGGGAGUUAUUUAAAGCCGGCCGCAAAGCUUAGUGUGAAAGGCCAUACUAUCAUAUGCCAAUACGAAAAACAUUUUUCAUAAACAUUUUAUAGAAAUAAAAAAAAAACAUUGAACUUAUGUUUUGACGGCAUAAAUUCAUAGCCGGCAAGUUUUCGAAAUUUCAUAGUUAUUGGCUAGCCAUUUUGUGGUUUUGAGGCCAUUUUCAGGCCACUUUUUAGCGUUUCAAAUAAAAUAUAAGCAAUUAAAACAGGUUAAAAGCCAUUUUAUGCUAUUUUUAAAAUUUUAAAAUUUAAAUUUCUGGCGAUUUUUAAAUUUUUUUUGGCUAGCCAUUUCUUCCCAUUCCCAGCCUCUCGACCAGUCGAUGGCGUAAUGAGGACGUAAGGAUUAAAAUGGAGCCCAAAUCGCGCCCUGGGGGCAUAUAAACCGUGUUGGGCGAGACGGGCGUAGUCCUCCCCAAUUGUUGUGCUGAUAUUUCACAGAGAUGAAAGGGAAACGCCGCCUUCGGGUUCGAGCCCACGAAUGAAAUAUGGUUAUGGCCGAAACGGUGGAGCGGCGGCGGUUCAGAAAACAGGCGCUGUUCCCUCUCUAAUACGUUCCCAAAAACUGGGAAGCCGGCUGUCUCCGGGGGUUCGUCAUCCGCAGGAUUCACAUUAUAUUCAGGUAUGAAGCCGGGCGAAUCCAAACGCACCAGACAGACCUACACGCGGAAGCAGACGCUGGAGCUGGAGAAGGAGUUCUACUACAAUAAGUACCUCACCAGGAACCGACGACAACAGAUCUCAGAAGCUUUGCAACUCAGUGAACGACAGGUAACUACAUGAAACAUAACACAUACAUAGACAUCUUAAAGUUACAACAACUGUUAAUGUUGUUGUGUUAUCUAAAGUAAUAUUGAAGACACGAGACAAAACACAAUUACUAAAGCAGCAAAGCUUAUUUUUAAACCAUUUCACAGUAAACUUUGAAAAUAACUUUUAUAGUUUACUGUAAAAUAAGUCCGAGAACUUUUGAAGCACUAGAUGUAAGAAAACCUCACCUAAAUACAGACUUGAAAAUGACAGUUUUAAGUAAUUAAUGUUACAACUAAGGUUAUUCUUCCUUAGAUCUUUUUACAAACUUUUUAUACAAUAAGGUAUACUGUAACCACUUCUUUAUUGAUUUAUAAAAAGUAGGCAAUCUAACUUUGAUUGCUUUUUUAACAAUUUUAAUUACAAUUUUAUGGCCAAAUUCAACAUUUAAAAUGAAUUUAGUUAAUUAACAGAUCAUUAUGGUAAUUUAUUUGGUCAAGACUACUGUAGUUUUUGAUUAAUGGGCUUUUGUUACAAUUUAAUUAGACGUUACAUUAGAAGGGUUACGGUAUAUUUUGAUCUCAUUUUUUAAGUUUUUUGUAGUUUAGAAGGUUUUUUUAUAAAAAAAUAUAAUAUAAAGUUACGUAAGCCAAUGACUAAUAUAAGCAAAGGUACAAUAAAUAAACAAUAGGUUUAUGAAUUUGCUUGUUGUUUCAGUUUAGACUUGUUAUUAGGGACAAUACAUGUUGCAAAAUGUUAAGCUAACUUCAUUCUGACACUUUGACAGUAUUAUUAGGUUGUUCGGAAAGUUCUGAGCCAAAAUAUUUCAUUUUGAAAAAAGAAGUAGACAAAAAAGGAUGAAAAGAAUAAUAUAAAACAUUUUGUAGUAAACUAUUAGUAGCCUGUUAAUUAAAAAAAGUAUUUUGAAGGUGUGUCAAAAAUUGAAUUUGUGCCAAUUUUUUAAAAUUAUCGCUUGGCUCAGCACUUUCCGGACAAGUUAAUAUCUUAUCGUAUUAACAGCUUUUUCAAUUGAAGAUCUUUGUUUCUAGUUUUGUUUUUCAAUCCAAGUAGCAACUUAUGUUAGGUUGUUCAAAUAAUUCUGUGCUCCCUUUCUAAGCGAAAUUAUUGGAGUUAGGGGCACAGAAUUAUUUGAACAACCUAAUAUUUGUAAAUAAUACUUUUCAUUAUAAAUGUAACUUAUAUUUGUGAGUAUGAUUUGAUUUUUUAAAUAUAAAAUGCAAAACUCUACUUUACUGCAGCGCUAGCCAUUACUGUAUUCUCCAGCCAGAGCGUUAGUACUGUAACAAGCCACUGUUUGCAAAUUUUAUGCGUUUAAACCCCAUUUAACCAACGCACGUUUUGUAUAAUUUUAGGAGAUAGUUAAGGUCUAUUAUGCGUAAUAUUAUUCGACCAACUGAAUAAAAUUUAAUGGUCUCUACUUUAUACAAUUUAUGGUAAUGGGCGGACGUCUUAAAGCGGGCCAAUUUUAAGACGAAACCGGCGUUUGAUCAUAAGCUAGAUUAAUAUUGUCAUCUAAUGAGCUGUGAGGGAUGAUGUGUAUAUGAAACAGUACUGUAACAUGGAUUUUAAAAUUUAAAAGUAGCUUUUAUUGUAAUUGCUUCAAAAGAUCUCGGACAGUUUGUGCAGAAAAUCAAUUUUAAUAUACAGUAACCUUAAGUAACCAGAAUUUUCGUAAAAUUCAAAAAUACAAACUUAAUUUUCGUAUUUUACCGUAAAACGGAAUCGUAUCUCGUAACACACCUAAAAUUACACUUUCAAUGCCAUUACUCCCUAAUUACAUCGUACUUUGUGGUGGUGUCACGUACUCAGAUACGAUUGUCGUUAGCGUUAAUGAGCAGCCUCCCACAACGCCUCAGGGGAUUUGUUUUCAGGUGAAAAUCUGGUUUCAAAACCGUCGCAUGAAAUACAAAAAAGAAUUCAAAACGGAGAACGACAGUGGCCCUGAGGACAACUGA